CGCUGCGCCGCCUGCAUUUCAAGUCAGCAGGCGGCAGCCGCACCCGCAGUAAACAGCAGCAGCAGCAGCAGCAACAACAGCAACAGCAGGGGCAGGGCGUGCCCAAGGUGGUGAUCAUGGGUUCGAGCACGACGUCCACCUCGUCGAACAACACGAUCAACACGUCGACGGACUCGGCCAACACGGUGGCGACGCUCAUCACGGUGACGGACGGCGACUGCGACGACGAAGCCGACCCCGAGCCCGAGACGAAGGCCUUCUCGCCGCCUCCCGAGCGGCCCGCCGUCUCGGCGCAGCGCCGCCAGGAGCUGCUCGACGAGAUCUUCAGCAGCGUGAGCGCCCACGCGCCGCCGGAGUCCCCGCUGGUGCCGCCGCCUGCGCCGCCGGUCACGCCGCUGACGCCGCUGCUGGGCGCGUGCCGGCGCGACACGCGCUUCUUCGCGCGCAGCGAGGACCUGGACUCGCCGCCGCCCGAGGCCAGGGGGCCCGCCCCCGCCGCCCCCGCCGCCACGCUGCCGCCCCACGCGGCCCCCGCCCCACACGGGCUGCAGCACCCGCACCCGCUGCCCGCGCUCACGCUGCGCCGAGCCUCCUCCGUCAGCACGCCGCCGACCGUCGUACCGCUCAACCCCGACAAGGUGCCACCGCGAGGCGGCACGGGUACGGGGGAGGACGUGUCGGAGGCGGCGCCGCCCCCGCGGCUGCACCGGCGCAGCACUCGCGGCUCCCGCCACAAGCGCAAGAGCACCAGCAGCAGCAGCGGCGGUGGCGGCGCGACGUCGGGGGCAGCGCCGGGGGCGGCGUCUGCGGCUUCCAAGGGCAGGGCGGCGGCGGCGGCGGCGGCCGUGGGGUCCCCCGCGCCCGACCUGCGCGUCGACUACUUCUCGGAAGACAGCGCGGCCCCCGUGCUGCCGCCACCGCACCUGGACGCCAGCCAGACGCCCACCGCCGACGUCGACGUCAGCGUCAGCGCCGCCGUCGGCGGUGGGGCGGCGGCGGCGGCGGCAGUGGCGGGGGGCGGCGCUAUAUGUAGCGGCGCGGCGGCGCCCGUGGUGAACACGACGGCCAACCCGCUGCAGGCGAUCGUGGCCGGCCGACACCCCAACCAGCAGCCCACGGCCAUCGUAGUGCAGCCCGGAGCCAGCCCAGGCGUCGCCACGGUGCUGCUCAAGGACGCGCGCGCCCAGCGCGAGGAGAACAUGAAGCAGCUGCUCGACGUCGCCAACAACCUCACGCUGCAGGAGCUGCACGACUUCGAGAUGAGGUACGGAUCGCCGCACCACAGCCGGUCGCAGAGCGUGAAGGCGGCGGGCAGCAGCCGGCCCACGUACCUGAGCCUGCCGCAGCAGCGGUCGCGCGUCGCCUCGAUGCCCAACACGGGCGUCGAGGAGGAGUACUACCGCCUGCGCCACUUCAGCAUCACCGGCAAGGGCGUCGUCAACCGCGGCGACUCGCUCAAGAGCCGCCGCUCGCGCUCCAACAACAGCGUCACUUCCAGCAACUCCAGCCACAGCACGGAGCACCUGACUGCGCAGCACUGCGGCUCUGCGCGCACCAGCGCCACGGCGUCGCUGGCGUCGAGCCGCGAGUCGAGCGCGGCGUCGCCUCCCGCCCCGCUGCGCGUCGUCAUGCUGGGCGCCGCCGGCGUCGGCAAGUCGUCGCUCGUGUCGCAGUUCAUGACCUCCGAGUACCUGCACGCCUACGACACCUCGCUCGAUGAUGAAUACGGAGAGAAGUCCGUCAGUGUGCUACUGGACGGCGAGGAGUCGGAACUGACGUUUAUCGACCACCCCUGCUCUGAAAUGUCGCCGGAGAACUGCGUCACGACGUACGACCCGCACGCGUUCUGCGUCGUCUACUCGACGGCGGAUCGCGGAAGCCUCCGGGUGGCUGAGGAAGUGCUGCAGUGCCUCUGGAAGAGCGACUCCAUCAGCACCAAGGCUGUCAUCCUGGUCGCCAACAAGACGGACCUCGUGCGCAGCAGGACCGUCACCACCGACGAGGGAAAGAGCAUGGCGACAUCGUACGACUGCAAGUUCAUCGAGACGUCGGUGGCCAUCAACCACAACGUGGACGAGCUGCUCGUGGGACUUCUGACGCAGAUCCGGCUGAAGCGCGAAAACCCGGAGCGCGCCCGGGACCUCCUGCGCAAGAGGUCGAGCCGGAGGAGUCCGGCAGGCGGCAGCACCGGCGGCGGCGGAGCGGUGUCGUGCGGUACUAACAAGCCCUACCGCGGCGCGCGCACCUCCACCUCGCUCAAGGUGAAAGGCCUGCUAGGCCGCGUGUGGGCGAGGGACUCCAAGAGCAAGAGCUGCGAGAACCUGCACGUGCUCUGAGCGCCCACCGCGCCACCUCCUCACGUAAAAGACAACAGUACAACACGCCGACAAGCUACGCUCUGAUUAAAACUACUUGUUAUUUGACCUCGAUCACUUGACACUACAACGCGGCGCUGCUUCUCGACUCAAACGACAGAGCGCGCUUUUCGCUCGCUGCGGUUGGCGACAGUCAAAUGGGCAGCAGCAAGUAUCCCGUAACUGGUUAUGUGUGCACACUACACUGUUCGCAAACUGCAAGUGAAAUGGCGCUUACUGCCGGCCGCGGUGGUCUCGCGGUUCUAGGCGCACAGUCCGGAACCGCGCGACUGCUACGGUCGCAGGUUCGAAUCCUGCCUCGGGCAUGGAUGUGUGUGAUGUCCUUAGGUUAGUCAGGUUUAAGUAGUUCUAAGUUCUAGGGGACUGAUGACCACAGAUGUUAAGUCCCAUAGUGCUCAGAGCCAUUUGAGCCAUUUUUUGGCGCUUUACUGCGGCACGUUGGUAACACCAAACAAUCUGUGAGUGACUUUUCGAAGGACUAAAUUCGAAAAUGUAAAUUGUCAGCUGACAAGUAAAUUUUAAUCAGACUACCGUGACAGGACUCCCUGCUGCAGCCAAGGAAAAGAUAAAGCGCGAGUAACAACUACUCUCAGGACAAUCAGUGAAGCCGAACUCCCCCUCCACUUCCAAUCCCUUUCUUACUUCAUGACAAUGAUCCCAUACUCUUUGGAAAAUACAAAAUGUUAACAGCUUAUUCAAGAAAACUAAAACUUCGAAGAAUCGCCCAUUGUCGACAAAGUCAUGCCCUACUGGAGCAAUAUCUCUAUUGAAUCAUUAAGCGGCCACAUUAAACUUCCAGAUUGCAAGUUGAAACUUGAUAUUACAUGUUCUAUCGGCAACAGGGAAACAUAAGCUACUGCUUCCUUUGGGCCGCCUCCAGAGCAGCCGUGGCGAGUUUCCAAGAUUAGACCUCCAACUCUCCACUGUGUUAUGGCAAAUCUACAUGUUAUUCUGCAAAAGUAGCCCUUGCCGAAAAAUGUGAGGUUGAUAGUCAGAAAGGAUGGGUCACAAAGUGUUGUUUGGUGAACUAUAAGGAAGAAUAUGAGCAAAGGCGUAGGAUACAUGUGGGUUAAGCAUCGUAUUAUAUCGAAACUGUAAAACCUUCUGAAAUUUUGCUUUCUCUUUUGCUUCCUCUGAAGUUACCAAUCCUCAUUUUUUUUAUUGUUGAUGAAACGUAUGACCCUAAAGGGACUAUUUACCUCACUGCAGAAGACACCUGCAGGGAAGUUUUGCUUCAGGAAUGACUGCCACAACGCUGUAUCUACAGACAGUAAUUGAAACAGUGCAGCAGGGAUUCAGAUCACUGCACAAUGUGUUUCCACGACUCAAGUUUACCUGUAAAGUUAAGUAAAAACGGAAACCAUUCCCGUUUAGUAACUGAACGUCAGGAAAAUAUUCUUUGUCAGGUUUUGGAUAGUUUAUAUAUGCUAUUAAUUUAAUAAAAUAUUUGUAAGGUUUUCUUAAUUUGUAGCUUUAAUACAUACUUUUGUACUCCAUUGCAGUUGAACUAUUUAUACUGUUAUUAUUUUUAUACCGUUUUGUACUUAUUAAUCUCUUAUUUUUAUAUUUACUAUCUGUGUGUUGUUUGUAAGAUCGUACAUGUAGAAGUGUAUAGUAUAAUGACUAGGACUUUAUGCUGUUUUUUUUAUAAACCAACCAAUUAAGAUAAACAUAAAGUUCCAUAUCAGCAGAGGAUAUUUGGAAGCUCAACAGAUACUCCAUUUCGGAUUCUCCCAAAUGAAAUGUCAAAAAUUUCAAAAUUACUAAGAUCACUCUUAGUGGUAAUAUCAGCAUGUGAGGGAGGAAUUGAAGUUUACCAACUCUGGAUCCUUUCCCCCACUUUUAUAUAGUGCUCCGCUUAUUUACAAUGUAAUGAAAUUCCAAUCAUUUUAUUUAUUUUAAUUUGUUGUAUUAAUUACAACCAAAAUCUUUUUGUACUCUCUUCAUUGAU